AUGGAGUCGCCGCCUUCGUUUUCUACACACUCCGAAGCGCCCCCGUUAAGCGAAGACAGUGGCUUACUCAUUACAAGUGGCUCGUUUUCCAGUGAUUCUGCGAGUGGAUGGCACCACAUCGCGUCGGAGAUUAACAGGCGCAGCGAUCUUGGCCCAUACCCAGAGGGAAUACGGAACCCCUUUUACACUGUAGAAAUUGCAUUAAAUAAGGUUUCUAUUGUGGCAGUAGGAGAAGAGUCUUCGUCUAUUUCAAACGGAAAUUACGGAUAA